AUGGCUAGUACAUCUCAAAUAACUUUCUCAUUAAUCAAUACACUUGGUUCGCUUGAAUUUGGUAAAUCAUUUUUAAAUCAACCUCGUGGUAUUGCUUAUCGUCCAUCGGAUGGUUUAUUAUUUAUUGCUGAUUCAAAAAAUGAACGUGUUGUUGCUUUUACAGAAGAUAAUAAAUUGGCUAAAAUUGUAAGUCAUUAUGGAACAAAAAAUGGUAUAGCUGUUAUGAGUAAUGAUCAAGUAUUAAUGAGUGAUGAAUUACAAGUAUUAAUAUUAAGUAGUGAUCUACGUUUAACACGUACAAUUGCUUGUGAUGAUAUUCAAGCUGGCUUAACAAAUUAUCAAGGUAUUUGUGUCGAUGAAAAUGAUUCAAUUUAUGUAUGUGAUCAAGCUAAUCGACAAAUAAAAGUUUAUGAUCCAAAAAGUGGAGCUAUUAUAAGAUUUUUUGGAGACAAAAAUUUAUUUAGUUCACUUGCAUAUUGUACAGCAACAAAUGGACAUAUUUAUGUUACAGAUCCACAAGGUUCAUGUGUUCAUAAAUUUACACUUGAUGGAAUAUAUGUACAACGUUUUGGUAGUGAAACAUCAUCCGUUUUUCCUCUAGCACUUUCAAGUCCUCGUGGUAUAACUGCAUUUCCUGAUUCAAGUCAUUUACUUAUUGCUGAUUCUCAUAAUGAUCGUUUGGUACUUUUUCAUGAAAAUGGUGAAUUUCAACAAUUAAUAACAGGUGGUAUAGAAUAUCCAGAAUCAUUAGCAGUAAAUAAGAAAGGCCAUUUAUUUGUUGCUAUGACUGAUCGUAUUGGUGUAUUUUCUCGUCAAAGCUAA